GGUGGGCUGUAUCUUUAUAAACCUUCAGAAAAAGUUGUGGUUAUCCAUAACCUGUUUUUAAUUUCUUCCCACAGUUAAAUCUUUAAAGCAUUUGCAGGUAUCCUGAAAAUAUAUAGGUGUAAUUCAGUCAAAUUUAUAAGAAUGGCAGUAGUCAUCCGCUUGCAGGGACUUCCUGUUGAAGCUGGCUCUGCUGAUAUUCGUCAUUUCUUCACUGGAUUGAAUAUUCCUGAUGGAGGAGUUCAUAUUAUUGGUGGGAAGCUUGGUGAAGUCUUUAUUAUAUUUGCCACGGAUGAAGAUGCCAGACGUGCCAUGAGCCGGACAGGAGGCAUGAUAAAGCAAUCCUACAUUCGGCUUUUUCUAAGCAGCAAGACAGAAAUGCAAAAUACUCUUGAAAUGAAUAGAAAAGGAGGCAGAGAUAUGAAAUAUUCUGGAGUAUCUUCUGUUGAAAAUCUUUCAAAGAUCAUAACCGCAGUGAAGAAAGGGAUACAUCAAAAUAAGUAUGGAAAUGAUCGCCCAGAUUCUGGCUCCUACAGUAGUGGAGGAAAGCAAUCAGAAAAUGUGCACAAACCAAGUGUAGGAAAUAGAGGUACAAGUGGUGUAAGGAAAGAUACAAAAGAACCGAAAGAAGAUGAAAGUAUUUAUGUAUUUUUAUUUGGUCUACCGUACAGUGCAUCAGAAGAUGACCUCAAACAUUUUUUUGAUGGCCUGCAUAUAGCUGAGAUUAUCUUCCUGAAGCGUACAAAUGGUGUUCGGAAUGGAAAUGCACUUGUUAAAUUUGAUAGUGUUGAUGAUGCUAAUGCUUCACUUAAGCGUAACAAUGAAUAUAUGGGUCACCGGUUCAUAUCUGUAACAAAAUCUACUGAAGAAAAAUGGGUUGAGGCUGGUGGUCAAAUUGAAUAUUUGGAUGUGCACUCCCAUAGAGAUGGCAGUUAUGGCGAUGUAAAUAAACAUUCUCUUUCAAGAUCAUCAAAGAGACAAAGGGUAAGAUCCAGAUCACCCCGCAAUCGUGAGUUUUAUCUUCAUCUUGAUAAUCUACCCAUUGAUGUUAAAAAACAGGAUAUUAAACAUUUAUUUGGUGAUCCCGGAAUGGCAGAAUCACAGAUCAAACUUCUGCUUCCUAAGUACAAUGACAAGAAAAUUGAAGGUUUUGUUAGGCUAGACAGUCAGAAGCAUUAUGAGAGAUGCCUUGGCUUACACAAAAGUCGAUUUUGUGGCCAUACAAUUUCUAUAGUUCGCAUUUCUCGGACAUCGAUGUUGAUGAUGAUUGAUUCGCGUGAAAGACAUUUAGUGCCUGAGAGAGGCAGUUCGCAAGACAAAAGCUUUCCCCCAAAAAAUAUUAAAGAACGCUCAAACUUAAAAAGAUGCUUAUAUUUAAGAAACUUUCCUUUUGAUGUGACAAAAACUGAAGUCAAGAAGUUCUUUGUUGGAUUUCCUGUGCAUGAAGAUCAUAUAUUCUUGUUGUAUGAUAGUAAAGAUGUUGGACUUGGGGAAGCUCUGGUAAGGUUUCCAAAUGAAAAUGAAGCUAUUCUUGCUGAAGGUUUAAAUCAUCAACGUUUUUUGGGAACAGAGGUUUUGUUGAAGCGCAUUUCUGAUGAACAGAUGAUUGAAUUGGCAUCAGCCCAAUAUCCUCAGGAUAGGAUGACCUUAAGACACUCUCCUGUUAACAGAGAUCAUUAUGGUGAAUGUAUAGAUUCAUAUGAACACUCAGCAGGUCCUUAUGAAUUAUCUAAGGAGUUUGUGAAUAAGCCAUAUGAGCCACCUACCAGCUCCCUUGGCCUGCCUGAGUUUGGACAUGGUCACGGAGACUUCAGGGGUCCAGAAAGGUUAAGAAGUCAAUUCUGUGCUGAUUUCCAUGGAGCUGAUGAGCCUUUUGCCAUGAAUGACACAGAAAAAAGCAGUAUGACAGAUUACAUUGAUUUUGAUCCUAUCCAGAUCCAGAAUUUUGGUAGGUCAAGUGGUCUAAUUCGCAUGAAGAAUGUGUCAUACACUGCAACUACUGAAGAAAUCCUGGAUUUCUUUUAUGGUUACAAUGUGAUUCCGGAGUCUGUUCUAAUACGUGUUUCCAAGCAUGGUAUGCCCAGAGGAAUGGCAACAGUGUGCAUGAAAAAUUAUGAUGAUGCAGUGGUUGCUGUUAGGGAGCUGAAUGGAAGACCUAUUGGGCAACGUAAAGUUAGUUUGACUUUACUAAAGUACUAA